AUGUCUUCCACAUUAAAUUCUGACAGUACACAUCUUCAUCAUCGCAACAUUGACAUUGACAUGAAUGCAAAACCGACACGACUAUUAAAAGCUGAUAUCGCCACUGCUGCUGCGCCAACAACCGAAGACGAUGAAAUGGAACCGUUACCAUCACAACCCAACGGUGCACGUAUUAUUGCUGAACAAUCAUACGUUCAAACUUCGAUGCAGUAUUUCGAUCGGAUAUUAGUUGGCUUUGAUGCACGUUGGCGUAAUUGGAUCAUACGUGGUAUAUUUUCACUUAUUAUGCUAGUUGGCUUCGCUAAAUUAGUAUCCAUGGGACCGCUGGUUGUUUCAUUAGUUAUACUUCUUAUACAGAUAAAAUGUUUUCAAGAAAUAAUUAAUAUUGGUUACGUUGUUUAUAAAUCGCAUAAUUUACCAUGGUUUCGAACAUUAUCAUGGUAUUUCUUAUUUACAUCAAAUUAUUGGCUUUACGGCGAGAGUUUAAUUCAUCAUUUUGGAUUUCUAAUGAAUAGAAAUAAUUUUCUACAACCGCUUGUAACCUAUCAUCGCAUGAUUGCAUUUCUUCUAUAUACAAGUGGCUUUGUCGGAUUUGUAUUAAGUUUAAAAAAAACUUAUUAUCUUAAACAAUUUACUCUAUUCGGAUAUACACACAUAACUUUAAUGAUUUUGGUUACAUCAAGUCAUCAAAUGAUACAGAAUAUUUGCGAAGGUAUGAUUUGGUUUAUUUUUCCUGUAUCAUUAAUUAUAUGUAAUGAUAUAAUGGCCUACAUGUUUGGCUUUUUCUAUGGUCGAACACCUUUAACAAAAUUAUCUCCAAAGAAAACUUGGGAAGGUUUUAUUGGCGGCGGUGUAUCGACAUUAAUCUUCGGUUUUAUAUUUGCUGGAGUAUUAAGCAGUUAUCAAUUUUUCAUAUGUCCAUUAGAAUAUGAUGAAGAAAUCAUGGGCUUAUCAAUGUCAUGUAUACCAUUACACUUAUUUCAAAAAACAACUUAUUUAAUGCCAAAACCAUUUUCAUUACUUAAGCGUACACUUGAGUUAUAUCCUUUUCAAUUACAUUCAUUAGUACUUUCAUUAUUUGCUUCAAGUAUUGGACCGUUUGGAGGCUUUUUUGCAAGUGGAUUUAAGCGAGCUUUUCGUAUUAAAGAUUUUGCUGCAACUAUACCGGGACAUGGAGGAUUUGUGGAUCGAUUUGAUUGCCAAAUAAUCAUGGCAUUAUUUACUAAUGUCUAUAUAUCAACAUUUGCUCAUGUUGCAUCACCGCAUAGAAUUUUACAACAAGUCUUAGCGUUAACACCAGAAAGUCGAGAAGAAUUUCUCCGUUUACUUCGCAAUCAUGUCAAAGCAUGA